AUGACAAGUUCCCUAGGAGCCACCUCGACAUCGCACGGCCGACCACGAAAACAAGAUGCGAGGAUACUGCACCUAGACGACCGGUCGCAAUGGCUCGCAUGGAAAACCGCCGAGAUACUCUUCAGCCUCCUUCUCAACAAGCAACUGCGCCGGCGAUGGCUGCUAGAGCAUAAGCAUGCGCAAUCCACCCCGGUCUCACAGAGUCUGCGUUCGAUCGCGCUUCUCGAACCGAUCCCCACGGCGGCGGGUUGGUCCAAAUCGAAAGGGACGAGUGCUGCCGAAAUGGAGGCCCUCAAGUACCGCGUGCGGCUACUGCGAGCCCGUGCGGAAAAAGGCAAGGAGCUAGUUGCGGAGAUGGAGCGGAGGAUCCAGCGGGGCGAUUUGCCGGAUCCAACGAGCUUCUGCCAUUCGUGCAUCGCAGUCGAUGAUCGCGCGGUGUUUCUCACCAAGUGUGGGCAUCGGGUCUGCCUCACCUGCGUGCGGUACAUUUUGUAUCUCGGGGACGGACGCUUGGGCCACGGCGACGGUGAUAUUUCCGUGUGCCGGAGCCUGCAGACUACUUGA